ACUGCGUGCGUGCGUGCGCGCGCGAGCGCGAGGGGGCGGGCGGGGGAAGGCUCGCCGGCGAGAUCCCGAGGCACGGCCCGCGCCGUCCCCGCCCCGGGCCACCCCCCCUCCCCCCCCAGCGACCCCAGGCCGGCCAGACCCAGCCAUGAUCAAGGCGAUCCUCAUUUUCAACAACCACGGCAAGCCGCGGCUCUCCAAGUUCUACCAGCCCUACAGUGAAGACACCCAGCAGCAGAUCAUCAGGGAGACCUUCCACCUGGUAUCCAAGAGAGACGAGAACGUCUGCAAUUUCCUGGAAGGAGGCUUGUUAAUCGGAGGCUCUGACAACAAGCUGAUAUACAGACACUAUGCAACGCUGUAUUUUGUCUUCUGUGUGGAUUCCUCAGAAAGUGAACUUGGCAUUUUAGAUCUCAUUCAGGUGUUUGUGGAGACAUUAGACAAAUGUUUUGAGAAUGUCUGUGAACUGGACUUAAUAUUCCAUGUAGACAAGGUUCACAAUAUUCUUGCAGAAAUGGUGAUGGGGGGAAUGGUGUUGGAGACCAACAUGAAUGAGAUUGUCACGCAGAUCGAUGCGCAGAAUAAACUAGAGAAGUCUGAGAAUUUAUGUGAAACUGCUGUCUGGUAGCAAAGAAAGCCAUAACCACAUGAAUCUUUCAACUCCCAUUACUAAAACUAUUAAUUGGCUUUAGACAACCACAGCUACUACAAAGCCAGUGGUUUUCUGUGUGUUUCCACAGGAAAGGUUGCUGUGAGGUUUGGACACGGACGGGGCAGUCAGCUCAUGAGGUGACUGUCCCCUGUGAUGUGCACAUUCACUGUGUGUGUCUGCUCAGUCCUCCAGGAUCAUAUGAUCAAAACUUGAUAUCAUACAUUUGUGAAUAUUAUCCCCCUGCUGUGUGUAUCUACCCAGGCAGAUUCUGCUAGAAAUUAACACAAAAUCAAAGUAGCAUAUAAAAAGGAUUCAUUAUUUGACAUUCUAAUUUUGAUAAAAUUGUUUAUAAAAUACAAUUCUUGCUCACUAGAUCUUUAUCCACAUUGUAGCCGUAAAACACUGCUUUUACAACUAAGACCCCCCCCCCCAGCCCUCUCUACCAAGCUCAAGUGAACUCCCAACACUCCUGCCUCAGCCUCCUGAGAGCUGGGAUUACAGGGGUAUGUCAGCACACCUGAUGAGCACAAGCCUGACAGAAACUUCUAGACCAAAAGUAAUUCUGCUUCACAUUCAGAAACUAAAAUAUUACAAUUUUUGUUUAACUAAAAACCAUUUUAAGAUAUGCCAUUAUUUUGUUAAUGCUUUUGAGUCUGAAACCAUUCAACACUGUGUGGAUUAAUGUUGCUAUGAUUUCACUUUGCUGUCAGAUCAAAAUUCUGAAUGUGCAGAUAGUUAUUUCCAACAGGAAGGAUGGAGGAAGGUUUUGGUUUGUACAAAUCAUUUUCAACUACCAUCUUACCCUAUCCAUGUCAAGCUUGAGGAUGCCACUUGAAGAUGGUAGGACAUUUUACAUCUCGGGUGAAAUGAAUACCGAGCUGAGUAAUGCCCCUCUCUCUUGGGGAAGCCACUUGCUGUGAACUGCAUGGUGAGGAGAAGGGCUAGGGUCCUCUAGCGGUGCUGCUUCUUCAGUUUUGCUUGCACAUAUUUUGUUUAUUUUUGGGUCUGGCAACUUUAAAAACAAAAUCCAAAACAAACCAUAUCCAUCCAUUACUAUCUUUGUGAUUCAAGUGCUUGAAAUUUCCGAGAGUAUGUCUGUAGAAGUCUUCUAUCUGUUUGGCCUCAUUUGGUCCUUCAGACUUCAUUUUGUUUUCUUUCUCUUAAUUCUGUUCAUUUAAUCUCAUGGGAGAGAAAACAUGACCAUCCCUUCUCUGCCGUGCUCCGUGCUUGUCUAGGCCACUUUCUCCUGCUUCCAGCCCACAUGUCUGUUUCCACUAGCGGAGUCGCUGCAGGUGUAGCUGCGCAGUGGUGAACCCAGUAUUCCGUAGCUGGAAACAAGUUAUUUCUCCAGUAGAAUUCCAGCCUCAGCUAUGUCAAUAAAGUGCGAAUCUUUCAAAGCUAUGCUGUCCUGCCAGGGAGACCUUAGUUUUACAUUUUUAAAACUGUGUAAUCUACUUAUAAGCCCAGCUAAAACCCAAUUGCUAUACAUUGUAGUAGAAAAAGUGUUUUUAAGUAAAAGCGAGUCUUGUUUUGAAUAUUUUGUACUGAAAAAAAGUCUUUGGAGGUUCUGUUACAGCUCUCUGUUAACAGAUUUCCUAAUGGCAAAUUUAUAGAAGUGUUUCAGACUUUACUUUCUUGAAAAUCUGAACACAAAAUUAGUUUAAUAACCGUUCUGGUGUUGACUGCCAGAGUAAUAUCCAGUCUUUUUGUUGUUGUUGGUGGUGGUGGUCGUGGGGCUUGAACUCUGGGCCUGGGCGCUGUCCCUGAGCUCAUCAGCUUAAA